UGACGUUGUCCGCGUUGACGAUUACCGACUGACGUACAGUAGUCAUCGAUUUAUAUAAAAGGAAAUUGUUUCAUUUUGUAUAUAUUCAAAGAGAUAUUGUGAGUGAGCAUGGGUCUAACAAUUUCUAGUGUUUUUACAAGGCUUUUUGGCAAAAAACAAAUGCGUAUCCUAAUGGUGGGACUCGAUGCCGCUGGCAAAACAACAAUACUUUACAAAUUAAAACUUGGUGAAAUCGUGACCACCAUACCCACUAUCGGCUUCAAUGUUGAAACAGUGGAGUACAAAAACAUUAGCUUUACCGUGUGGGAUGUUGGCGGUCAAGACAAGAUUAGACCACUCUGGCGCCACUACUACCAGAACACCCAAGGAUUGAUAUUUGUCGUUGAUUCAAGUGACACAAAGAGAAUAGCAGAAGCUGAAAAUGAACUUGCUAAUAUGCUAAAGGAAGAUGAAUUGAAUGACGCAGUUAUAUUGGUGUUUGCUAAUAAACAAGAUAUGCCGAAUGCUAUGACUGCAGCUGAACUUACAAAUGCAUUAAACUUAAACAAUUUAAGGAACCGUCGCUGGUAUAUUCAAGCAACAUGUGCCACUCAAGGGCAAGGGCUCUAUGAAGGAUUAGACUGGCUGUCGAAUGAAUUGGCAAAGAAGUGAGGCAACUGUACUACUGGGAAAUAACAUCAAAUUCCUGAAACAAGGUGUCAACCUUCCAUAUUGAGAAUGUUGUUGAAACUAAAAAUUUGAGACUAAAUUUUUAAUAUAACUUAAAUUUUAUCUUUAUUUGAAUAUUAUAAGUGAGUGCCAGAUUUUGAAUAUUGUAUAAUCUUCAUAUAAAUUUUUUAUAUUCCUUUUAAGGCUUAAAAAUUCUGUUGCAAUACAAUUUAUACAAAAAAAUCAAAAAAACAUAAUGAGAUCCCUACAGUUGUAUUCCUAUGUGUUAGACUUUUACAUAAUUAAACUAAAAAAAUUAUUAAAUUCUAUAAUAUUUUGAAUUAUUAAAAAAUUGUCUAUAAAGUAAAUUUAGUUUGAUUUUAACUGAUUGUUCUAUAUCUGUAUGUUUUGUAUAAAUUGUCUAUUAGCUAUUAAAUAUUGUGGAUUGCAUCUUAUAUAUUUAAUUGAAACUAAGGUGUAUAUUUAAUACCUUUGAUAAUUAAAUAUUAUUGUCUAUAUGAUUGGAGUUUUGAUGGAUAAGUAAUUUUUUUACAACUUAAAGAUAUAAAAUGCAACCCAGAUUGAUGAAACUUACAUUAUUAAAAUUACCAUGCCUCAGACUUGCAUCAUAUUUUUUUUAAAUAGUAUUUUAAAAGUUUAUAAUCAUUAUGAAAUAUAAUUAUGUUAUUUAAACCAUUUGCAUUCCAAUAUUAUUGUCAAUAAACUCUAUUUAUCCUGUACUUAAUUUAAGAUUGGCUUACAAGAAUUGUAUUUAUAUUUAAUAAACCAAACAUCAAGCAUUUAAAUUCAUUAAAAAAUUAUUCUAAUGUGUAUAAUGUUAUGUAUCUUAAUGUUAUGAAAUUUAAAAUAGUUAGCUAAAUAGCAGACACCCUUGAUGUUUACUAUUAAUUAUUAUAAAAUGUUAUUUUAGGUUUACUUUGCACGAAUUUUAUAAUAUCAUAUUUAGUUAGCGUUAACAUAUUACCAAUUAUCUGAUAAUUAAUUUUUAAAUCAAGAUAAGGUAUAUGAAUUAAUAAUUUAUUGUUUAUUCAAGUAUUAACAAGUUAGUGAAGAAAGAUUAUGCACAAAACUUAAGUUUUGCUAUUUAUAAAUGUUGUAGAUUAUAUUAAAAAAAAUAUCUAAAGAUUAUAAUUAUAGUAUGUCAGUCUAAAAAAGUAAAAAUCUCUUUUAGUAUCUAUUUUCAUGCUUUUAAUCAGUGUGAAUGAUUCUUGGUAAUUGGAAAUUUAAGUUCAAUCAAUAUAAGUUUAAUCCAGAAAUAGUAGCCAUUUUAAAAGGGGAAUACAGAAGACAAUAAUUAUUAAUUCAGUUUUAUUUUAUCUUUUGUAUACAGAAAAAUCUAAAUACCAAAUUAAAAGUAAAAGAUUUGGUUAUGUAUUGGACAUUUAAAAAGAAUUAGCAAUCAAUGAUUUUUUUUUUAAUUUUAAGUAUACAUGAUGUAUAUAAAGGAAAAUAUUUCGGCCAAAAAAUGUUUUCAUGUGUAUGUGACAGUAUCAUGCUUACAUUCUUAUACUUGCUUUGGAUAUACACUAAGUUAGUGGAAAAUAAAUAUAGGUGUAAAUAAUAA